AUGGCACAGGUUAUACCUCCCAUUACUUCUCUCCCUAUAGAUUCUUCAGCAGCACCUUCAGUCGAAGAUAUACAAGAUCGUCUACCAUCAAUAUGCGUAGAUUAUCUAUCUUACGAAUGGAAAGAAGAAGAUGUUUAUAGAAGUUGGAGAAAUAUGACGAGACAUAAGAAUGAUAUUGCUAAUGGUGUUCGAUUGGAGAAUGCCAGUUGGAGAACUUGGCAGAAACAGAGAAAUAAGUUGAAGACUAUAAGUCCGGAAACUUUGAAUUGGCUUAAAGACUCCGAUGUGACAUGGCUGUAUGGUCCUCUACACACCGCUGAUGUCGAACCUGUUCGACCUUUACGUAUCGCAGCUGCCGAUGAACGUCUAGGCAUUGAACUGCCUGCUGGCAAAAAACCAAUUCUAAAACAUCGCACAUUAUCCGAAAUGCUCGCCAUAGCCGUACCCACCUCACCCAUCCUCGAAGCCUUUCAUGAUCAAGAUGACGUCGAUUCAUCGGAUGGAAUGGAGAAUCUCCUACGACCAGUUUUACAUCAGACCAAAUCCGACACGAACAUCUUUCGUCAACGCGGUUUAAGAAGAUCACCCACCCGACGGCCCAUCAUCGAUCGGUCAGGCGAAGAUUUCAACCCUGCACCGCCAGAUUCCGCCCAUCAUAGUGGAGGCAAGAAACAUAUCUCUUUCAACACGUUUGUUGAGCAAUGUGUCGCCGUGGAUGAUCCUGCUGAAAUACCCCAGCAUCAGUUUCAAGCACAUCACCUACAACGAUCUGAUUCAGACGAUGACAUGUUAGAAAUGCGUUCAGCAUCCAGUAGUCGAACUCCUCGACCUUCUUUGAGUCGAACAUCCAGUUCUACCUCUGCUGAACAUGUCACCAUAGCCAAAAUCGCCCCUACCAUGUUGAAGAUGAGCGGAAACUUUGGUCGUAAUUCACCUGCGGUGGUUUAUAUGCCUCCACCGGAAUAUCGUUCUCCCUCUCAACAAUCGGCACCACCGUACGACUUUGCUUCCCCCGAAGACGACGUGCAUGCCGAAUGGGCCGACGAUCUUCAGUCAGGAGCAUACGAUUAUUUCCACGGUAUCUCACCAGAAAGUAGAUCACCUCCUUAUUCCUCACCAAGAGGUACACCGGUCAAUGUGGGUGCACCACCUGCUCAACCUAAAUGGCGUCAAGCGGCUACCAUUGGACCACAAUCCAGCGAGAUGAUCGGCGGUCCAUACGGCUCCCCCAAUCCCCAAUCUGGCUCAGGUGUCAUCUCUCCACCCCAACCUGCACGAGGUAUUCUUAAAGUUCGUCAAUCAGUUCCAACAACUCCAACACCAGAACCUUCAUCUCCUCCAUCGACAUUCUUCAAUUACAACCCUUCCGUCGCCACUGGUCUCGGUAGCAUGCCUCAACCUCAUCAACAUCAACAUCAUCACUCUCAUGCACACAAUCAUGUGAAUCACUCUCCGGUGGAAGACCAGAGAGGUAGAUCUACCUCUCGCGAUCGAUCCACUUCGGCGAUUGGCCGUUCGUCUUCCGGUAGUCAAAGUAUAGGUUCAACGUCGUCUUUAUCACCAGGAACACCGAGAAGUCCGACGGAUCCACCAAUUCUACCUUCCGUUCCUCCUCCGGGCAAGAAGGGUGCACCAGAGCCGUCCGGUAGUCCUUCAGGUCUACAAGGUGCGCAACAUGGUGUUCCGGCAAGCGCGACACCUGGCGAUAUCCCUUCAACUCCAGUCGUACGGAAUGACGUCGACCCAACGAGGAAUACGACACCUACCCCGCAUUCUUCGCCUCAGAUCGCUUUUAGGCCUAUGAAAGAUACCUCCCCUGCAUCUUUACCACAUCUUACUCCUACAUCACCCGAUGACCUAGAUCUACCCAGAGCAGACCCGGCAACCUUCCUCCCCUCACCCAGUCCUAGAGGACGAGCUACCAUAGCUCGUGUACCGACACAUGCCCAGCCCACGUUGACACAACCGAGAGGAAGGUCAGUCUCUAAAACGAUAUAUGGUCGUGCUGCCACCAUGGCCAAUACUGCUAAAGAUCUCUUGGGAGCUUUGUGGUAUGGAGGUGAAGAUGGGAGGGGU